UUUAUAAUAUCAUUAGGUAAAGAUUUGCUGUAACAGAGAAUUGAAUUAUCAGGAAAAAAGUGGAGUUUUUUUUUUUUUUGGUAAUAUUAAAAUCACAAAUUCGAGUAAUGCUAUAUUUAUUGAUUUAAUUUACUCUAAAAUCGUAAUCUUUCAUUUUCGUUACAGAAUACAGACAAUAUAUCUCGAAUUCUCCACCUUUAUUCUCGGAAAAAAAAAAAACCCUUGUUUUAUCUCCCGUUCCUCAUCUUGUUUGUACAUUCUGCUUCGAUUUCUCAGCCGCCAAGAAAUCCCUCAUUUGAGCCGUUUUCCUCUUGAAUUUGGUGUGUUAGUCGCGUUUUCGGUGAAUUUAAUCAUCGCCAAUAAUGUACGUGUAGCUUCGGUAUCAAGUUUGAGUAUUACAAUUAUGAGUGAUAAGUAGUCUUUGUUUGUAUGUUUUUGUGCGUGAGGGGAAUUCCUUUUGGGGUCGAAUUGCAAUUUGGAAGAAAAUUUAGAGGUGUUUGGGCGGUGCAAUGAUGAAGCUGGGAUUGAAAUCACGGUCGCGGAGGGUGGUGCAGGACAGCUCAAUGGCGGUGGAGAAAUCGAAGAUUUUCACGGGCAAAAAUAAGAGCGAUUCGGACGAAAGCUGCAGUUAUUUCUGCUGGGCAAGUUUGCCGCCGGAGUUACUGAGGGAAGUAUUGAUGAAAUUGGAGGAAUCGGAGUCCAAGUGGCCGGCGAGGAAACACGUAGUGGCGUGUGCGGGUGUGUGUAAGAGCUGGAGAGAAGUGAUGAAGGAUGUGGUGAAGACUCCAGAAGCUUCUGGAAAGAUAACGUUUCCUAUAUCUGUGAAGCAGCCUGGCCCAAGAGAAUCUCUUAUGCAGUGCUUUAUAAAAAGGAACCGAUCGAAUCAAACAUAUUAUCUUUUUCUGAGCUUAAGUCAAGCACUUGCCGAUGAUGGAAAGUUUCUUCUUGCUGCUCGUAAAUGUAGGCGGCCGACAUGUACAGAUUACAUGAUCUCUCUACACGCAGAUGAUACUUCGAAGGGAAGUGAAACUUAUGUGGGGAAACUAAGAUCGAAUUUCCUAGGAACGAAGUUCGUCGUGUUUGAUGCUCUUCCUCCCCAUUCUGGAGCCAAGAUGGCAAAAAGCUGGUCCACCCGCAUGGUCGGCUCAAAACAAAUUUCGCCUAAGCUUCCCGCUGGCAACUAUACCGUAGCUCACGUCUCGUACGAGCUGAAUGUGUUGGGAGCCAGAGGUCCAAGAAGAAUGCAUUGUGUUAUCGAUGCAAUCCCCGUUUCCGCUAUUAAUCCCGGAGGCGUUGCUCCGACGCAGACAUAUUUCCCUCUAACCGGCAUCGACUCCUCUCCGGCUCUCCCGUUCUUCCGCCUAAAAUCGAACUCUCUCGACAAAUCCUUGUCCGGCCCGUUGAGCAACCAUGCUGACGGCUCUCUCGUCUUAAGAAACAAGUCGCCCCGAUGGCACGAGCAGCUCCAGUGCUGGUGCUUGAACUUCCACGGCCGUGUCACCGUCGCAUCAGUCAAGAAUUUCCAGCUGGUUGCUUCCCCGGAGAAUGGCGUGGCCGGGCCAGAACACGAGAAGGUCAUCCUUCAGUUCGGGAAGGUGGGGAAAGACGUCUUUACGAUGGACUAUCGCUACCCGCUCUCAGCCUUCCAGGCAUUCGCCAUCUGCCUCAGCAGCUUCGACACGAAAAUUGCAUGUGAGUAAAACUAGUUGGUUAAGAAUGAUGCUCAGAUCAAAAUGUAGUACUUAUUUUUUAAUCACUUUGUUCGUCCAAUAUUAUGUAAUGUAAAAAUUAUUGUUUUUGUAUGUUAAAUUAAUCCUUUUCGGUAAGAAA